AGGCAAGGAGACCAGACUGAUGACCAUGCUAUCGAGUGAGACUAGUAUCAUUAUUGUCUACUUAGUUUUCUUUCUGUACAAAACUGGAGAGUCCAUGCUGGAUGCAACAACUCGACCAUAUUUGCUCCGAGCAGCAUGUAACGAGAUAUUUGAGGACACAAAUAAUAAAUCUAUAUGUAUGAAUUUUAACAAAAACCCUGAAAUGCAAGAUAUGGUGCAGAAAAAAUCUGGAAAUUAUCUAAUUUAUUAUAGACUUCUGUUAAAUCUACCUGCCAUUGUUAUAGCGUUAUUCUCUGGAUCGUAUAGCGAUCGGUAUGGAAGAAAAACUCUUAUUCUCUUUCCAAGUGUUGGAAGCAUGAUUGCGGUGUUUUUAUAUUUUGCUAGUAAUAUGGUGCCGAAGUACAGGAUACUUCUGAUCCUUGUCGGUUCUGCUGUACAAGGACUGUUCGGGAAAAGUUCCUUGAUAACUACUGCAGUCAACAGCCUCGUGUUCGAUUUAUCCGAAGAGAAAAAUCGCACAAAGAAUUUCGGUAGACUGUUGGCCAUGAACAUGUUUGGUUUGACCACAGGAGCGCUGUUUUCUGGAGUAUUUCAGGAUGUUCUUGACGUUAAAGCUGCCUUUGGGUCAGUUGUUGUUCUUCAUGGAACUGCUAUUCUCAUCACUGCUAUCUUUAUUGGUGAAGUAAAUGAGGAAAAGGACAAAUCGAAGAACAAAGACACAGAGGACAGGGAGUCCGCAUGCGCAGUAUGUGAAGUGAUACGUCCCUCAAGCAUCAAGGAAACGUUUGCAGUAAUAUACAAAUCGCGUUCCGGCAAGAAAAGACACAUUAUCGUUCUAUUACUUGUUUUAUCUGUGAUCAUUCAAACCUGCAAAGUUGGGGAAAUGGACGUUAAACUUAUGUUCGUGACCAGAAGUCCUCUGAGCUGGCCCAAGUCUUGGUACGGGUAUCUUCUGUCUCUAGAUUAUGCCGUAAUAGGAGUGUGUUUACUACUGCUUAUGCCUAUGUUUUCUAACCAGUUCAAGUUUCUAGAUGUCACAAUUAUGAUGCUUGGAAUCGGAUCUCAGAUAGCUCAUUUGACACUAGUAGGAGUCAGUGAUAAAUCGUGGAUGGUUUUCGCGUCCGUUGCUGUUGGGGCGUUUAAAGGUAUGAUCAUAUCUGCUUUACGCUCAAUAAUCAGUAAAAGUGUUCAUGCUGAUGAAGUGGGGAAAAUGUUUUCUCUGAUCACAUGCGGAGAGACGCUGUCUAAAUUCCUAGGAACUUUAAUAUUUGUUAAUAUCUACAGCACAUCUGCUCACAUAUUUCCCGGUAUAGUGUUCUUUGUAGAAGCCGCUACCUUCAUUAUCAUAUUAGUUAUUUUAAUUGCUAUGUAUAGACAUCUGCAUGGCUUUAAUGAAUUAACGAACGAUCAAGUGUUCCAUGGAAACGAUUUUAAACAAUCAAUAACCAAAGAAGAACCAAAUGCUCCAAAAUUCAACGUACAGUGUACUAGUAUUUCACUACAACCUAACCAUCAAAUCAAAGAUGUCAACGAUAAAACCUCAAAUGACAAUACUAUGCUCUAUAUCUAA